GCUGUUGGUGCUGCUAUGGCGGGGCUGAGACCCGUGUGCGAGUUCAUGACGUUCAACUUCUCCAUGCAAGCGAUCGACCAGGUGAUAAACUCGGCGGCCAAGACCUGCUACAUGUCGUCGGGCUCCAUCGGCGUGCCCAUCGUCUUCCGCGGCCCCAACGGCGCCUCGGCCGGCGUGGCCGCCCAGCACUCCCAGUGCUUCGCCGCCUGGUACGGCCACUGCCCCGGCCUCAAAGUCGUCAGCCCCUGGAGCUCAGAGGAUGCCAAAGGCCUGCUGAAAGCCUCCAUCCGGGAUGACAAUCCGGUUGUGAUGCUGGAAAAUGAAUUACUCUAUGGUGUUCCCUUUGAAAUGUCUGAACAGGCACAGUCAAAGGAUUUCAUUGUUCCCAUUGGAAAAGCUAAAGUAGAAAAGCAAGGAACUCAUGUUACAUUAGUGGCACACUCCAGACCCGUGGGACACUGUUUGGAAGCAGCUGCUGUACUUGCCAAAGAAGGUGUAGAGUGUGAGGUUAUCAAUCUGCGAACCAUUCGACCGAUGGACAUCGAAACCGUGGAGGGCAGCGUCAUGAAGACAAACCAUCUCGUAACUGUGGAAGGAGGUUGGCCCCAGUUUGGAGUAGGAGCUGAAAUCUGUGCCAGGAUCAUGGAAGGACCUGCCUUUAACUACCUGGACGCCCCCGCUGUGCGUGUCACCGGUGCAGAUGUUCCUAUGCCUUACGCCAAAAUUUUAGAAGAUAACUGCCUACCUCAAGUGAAGGAUAUAAUAUUUGCAGUGAAGAAAACUUUGAACAUCUGAGUUGUAAAUACACGUUUUAAAGUCCUGCUUUACAGCGUAUUAAUCGUUUAAGGCAAGUUGUACGCACAACUUUUGGUGUAUAGUUACAUGAACUUUUGUACAGUGGGUAAAGUAUAGUAACCUCCCAGAGUAUUUAUAUGGGGUUACCCUCUAAGCUACACUUCAUAUAAGCAACGUGGUAAUGCUUCUUUGUUCAACAGUACAGGUGGGUUAGUGCUACUGUAUGUGGAGACAUCCCAUUUUAAAUUC